CCACCCUUCACUCUCUACUGCGUCGCUCGCUCGCUCGCACGAAAUCUGAAUCCGUGGGAUCUUUAGGAGGCGAUGGAGGUGUUCUACUACAUGGUGUUCGGGGCCCUCGGCGCCGUCGUCGCCGCCCUCGAGCUCAGCAAGAACAACAAGGACCGCAUCAACACCACCUCCGCCUUCACCUCCUUCAAGAACAACUACCUCCUCGUCUACUCCCUCAUGAUGGCCGGUGAUUGGUUGCAGGGCCCUUAUGUCUACUACCUUUACAGUCAGUAUGGCUACGGAAAAGGAGAUAUAGGACAACUCUUUAUUGCUGGUUUUGGCUCCUCCAUGUUGUUCGGGACAAUUGUCGGAUCCCUGGCAGACAAACAGGGUCGGAAGAGGGCAUGUGUGACUUAUUGUAUCACUUACAUACUGAGCUGCAUCACCAAGCAUUCUCCUCACUACAAAGUGCUGAUGCUGGGCCGUGUAUUAGGAGGUAUUGCCACUUCUCUAUUGUUCUCAGCAUUUGAGUCCUGGCUUGUUGCUGAACACAAUAAGAGGGGUUUUGAACAACAAUGGCUGUCUAUAACAUUCUCAAAGGCAAUUUUUCUUGGCAAUGGUCUUGUUGCUAUCCUAUCUGGGUUAUUUGGAAAUAUACUUGUCGAUACACUUUCUCUCGGGCCUGUGGCACCCUUCGAUGCUGCUUCAUGCUUUUUAGCUAUCGGCAUGGCAGUUAUUCUGUCUUCGUGGACUGAGAAUUAUGGAGAUCCUUCAGAGAAUAAGGACUUGCUCACUCAAUUCAAGGGGGCGGCCACAGCCAUUGCUUCUGAUGAGAAAAUCGCUUUGCUGGGCGCAAUCCAAUCACUUUUUGAAGGUUCAAUGUAUACAUUUGUAUUUCUGUGGACUCCUGCUUUGAGCCCAAAUGGUGAGGAGAUUCCCCAUGGUUUCAUUUUUGCUACCUUCAUGUUGGCUUCCAUGCUGGGUAGCUCUCUUGCCUCCCGAUUGAUGGCUCGCACAUCACCCCGAGUUGAAAGUUACAUGCAGAUUGUUUUUGUUAUAUCUGCUGCCGCUCUCCUGCUCCCCAUCUUAACCACUAUGUUUGUGACGCCUGCUAAGGUCAAAGGCGGAGGUAUGUCAUUUUCAGGUUGUCUCCAGCUUCUUGGCUUUUGCACUUUUGAGGCUUGUGUUGGCAUUUUCUGGCCAUCCAUCAUGAAGAUGAGGUCCCAGUAUAUCCCGGAGGAGGCCAGAAGCACCAUCAUGAACUUCUUCCGGAUUCCUCUUAAUAUCUUUGUCUGCGUAGUGCUGUACAAUGUUGAUGCUUUCCCCAUCACUGUGAUGUUCGGCAUGUGCUCUAUUUUCCUCUUCGUGGCUUCCCUCUUGCAGAGGCGGCUCUUGGUCAUUGCAGAUAAGCCGAAGACAGAAGACAGGGAACUGGCGAAGGAAAGGGACCCAGAAACUGAGCCAAUGAAUAUAUGAUUAUUGUUUGUGCUGACGAAUACAGGAAAGUCUCGAAAAGUUGCAAAACAGCAAGUUAUUCAACUGCGCAUGACGUCGCAGUUUGUGCUGGAUAGCAGAUGUAUUGAGCUUUUUCUUUUUUGUAUGAAGAUUAGAAGAUAUGGAGAUAAAGCAGAAACAAAAAAAAGGAGAUGAGAAGACGGGGAACGCUCGAGAUCUUUAAAUGGCUAUCGACCUCCUUCCAGUGGGCAAUCGAGUGCAAAGACUAGAUUACAAUCGAAUCUACUUUAGCUUUUCAUUUUCUUUUGGUUUUUCCCUUCUUUAAAAAGGAGACUCCAGUUAUGUAGUAGUUCCAUUUGUCAUUCUUUUGUUUCUCAGCCUAAAAGUGGUAUCUGUUGCUACGUGCAUCUAAAUGUAUCUUUUACAUAUUUUCUUUCUUUCGGACAUGAAAUCACAUUGGCUCGUCAGAGUUUUAUAUUUCACUACAUUCAUACAGA